GCCCCAAAGCCUCGCUCCGACCCCGCGAGGCUAUAAAUACCCUCCUUUGUCCCGCACAUUCUUUCACAGAAGCCAUCAGCAAGCUUACAAAACCCUAGCACUAGCAGCAGCUAUAGCUAGUACGUUACUAGCGCGCUCUCUUGCUCGUUCUUGGCCUAGCUAGCUCCGAUCAUACACCAUCGUGGAAGAGCUGCACGCACCUGCACAUCACGCUCGCACCCUAGUCCAUCCAUCCAUCAUGGCGGCGGCGUCGCGGCAGGAUGCCCACCGGAGCACGAGGCAGGCCGUGCCGGCGUCGUCGAGGGUGGCGAUCAUCGGCGGCGGCAUCAGCGGCCUGGCCGCGGCGAAGCAGCUGGCGGCGCACGACCCCGUGGUGUUCGAGGCGACGGCGUCCGUCGGCGGGGUGUGGAAGCACUGCGUGUACCGCUCGACCCGGCUGCAGACGCCGCGCCGGGACUACGAGUUCUCCGACUACUCGUGGCGCAACCGCGACGACCCCACCUUCCCCACGCACGCCGAGAUCGUGGAGUACCUGGAGGGCUACGCCGACGCCUUCGGCCUGUGGCGCUACAUCGUGCUCAGCGCCAGGGUGGUCGACAUCAAGUUCCUCGGCGGCGGCGGGCUCACGGAGCUGUGGAGCGGCGGCGCCGCCGGCCAGCCGCCGCUCCUCCGGGGCAAGCCUCUGUGGGAGGUCGGCGUCGCCACCGCCGGCUCCGACACCGUUCAGUACUACCAGUUCGAGUUCGUGGUGAUGUGCGCCGGUAAGUACGGCGACGUGCCGCGGAUGCCGGCGUUCCCGCCGGGCAGGGGGCCGGAGGUGUUCCGGGGGCAGGUGAUGCACUCCCUGGACUACUGCAAGCUCGGCGAGGAGGAGACCGUGGAGCUGAUGAGGGGGAAGAAGGUCGUGGUCGUCGGGUACAAGAAGAGCGCCAUCGAUCUCGCACUUGAAUGCGCCCAGGCCAACCAAGGUGAGGGAGGCGAGGCUUGCACCAUGCUGGUGAGAACCCUGCACUGGGUUGUGCCGUCCUACUCCAUCUGGGGCCUGCCCUUCUUCCUCUUCUACUCCACCCGCCUGGCGCAGUUCCUGUACGAGAGGCCCAACCAGGGCCUUCUCCGCUCCAUGCUCUGCACACUCAUGGCACCGCUGAGAGCGGGCGUGUCCAAGUUCAUCGAGUCCUACCUGGCGUGGAAGCUCCCGCUCGACAAGUACGGCCUCCGCCCGGACCACCCCUUCGUGGAGGACUACGCUAGCUGCCAGAUGGCCAUCCUCCCCGACGGCUUCUUCGACAUGGCGGACCGGGACAUGAUCCGCUUCAAGAGGGCCGGCCCCGGCGGCUGGUGCUUCUCCCGCAACGGCGUCCUCCUCGACGACGGCACCGAGGUGGAGGCCGACCUCGUCUUCCUCGCCACCGGCUUCGAGGGCAAGGACAAGGUCCGCGCCGUCCUGCCGGAGCCGUUCCGCGGCCUCGUCGUCGACAGGUCCGGCAUGAUGCCGCUGUACCGCGGCACCAUCCACCCUCUGAUCCCGAACAUGGCGUUCGUGGGGUACGUGGAGAGCGUGUCCAACCUGCACACGUCGGAGCUGCGCUGCCGCUGGCUGGCGGGCCUGCUCGGCGGCCGGUUCGCGCUGCCCAGCGUGGAGGACAUGGUGCGGCACGUCGACGGCGAGGCGGAGGCCAUGCGCCGCACCACGCGCUUCUACAAACGCCACUGCAUCUCCACCUACAGCAUCCACGACAGCGACGCCAUGUGCGCCGACCUCGGCUCCAGGGUUCUCCGCAAGGGCAACUGCCUAGCUGAGCUCUUCGCGCCCUACAACAACAAGGACUACAAGGAAGACUGAUCCAAUCAUUAAUUAAUCCAUGCAUGCGUGCGUGCAUGCGCGCCUGCCAUAAAUUCAUUCAACCCAACCCUCUUUGUUAAUUAUUGAUAUCUGCAAGAAAAAUAUGUAUAAUACGUGUGCGUACGUAUAGCAGAAUAAUUUAAGAUUCGUUAUUGGUUUAUAUAUACUACUAGUAUAGUAUAUGAAGUUAAUAAGGAGUACUAAUAUAUAUAGCUACAUAAAUAAUAAUGUGAUCGGGAGAAAAAAUUAGGUCAUGCAUGAUCAUGCCAUGUGAACCUAGGGCGCGUUUGGUAGAUGACUCCAUGUAGACUUUGAGAUGCAUGUCUGGGGAAACACCAGCAGCAACCUGGACCAUGUGUGGAGCAAACUAUAGUUAGUUAGUGCUUCUUGUACCAAAAGAGCUGACCACUGCAACUCAUGCAUGUCAUGUCCCGCACGUCCUCCCUGUAAUUUAUUUUUUCUUGUAACGUAUCAAUAAAUUAAAUAUAUUGUAUAUGUGUAUGUGCUAUAUAUGUAUAUUGAAUAUACACAAAAUGGAUUAUUCAUA